AUGUACCCUUCAAGUACUAUCAUCAACCUUUUUUCAAUUGCGCUGGCGCUCUCUUCUGCGGACGCUGCACCUCUUGGUCAACGCGACGCCUCAGCCAGUGUUUCUGCAAUCUCCAAUACCACCGCUAGCGUUUCUGUCGCCUCCAGUGCCGCCACCGCGUCUGCGACAGUUGGACUAGUAGGCGGUUUAACCAAUACUGCCACCGGGAUUCUGGAUGGUGCUGUGACAACCACUGGAAAUGUCGUGAACAGCGUCGGAUCGACUGUAGAUGGCCUUAUAGGCCUGAAGCGUGACGGCCUCGUCGGUGGGGUCACGACUACUGCGACCAAUGUGGUCGAUGGUGUAGUCGACACCGUUGGCAACGUUGUAAACGGUGUCGGUUCGACUGUAGAUGGUCUUACUGGCCUCAAGCGAGAUGGUCUCGUUAAUGGAGUUACUUCUACUGCCACCGGAGUUGUUGACGGAGCUGUUGACACUGUUGGGAACGUUGUGGACGAUGUCGGCAGCACAGUCGAUGGCCUAACUGGUCUCAAAGUUCGCGAUGCCACUAACGUCACUGCCACUUCCGCCUCUUCUGUGCCUUCUACUCCUUCAACCGGUCCUGUUGGAGGCCUUACAUCAACCGCCACUGGAAUUGUACACGGCGUUGUCAAUACUGUUGGCGACGUUGUGAAUGGCGCCGGCUCGACUGUAGACGGCCUUACCGGACUCAAACGUGACGGCCUUGUUACUGGUGUAACAUCAACUGCCACUGGAAUUGUUGAUGGAACAGUUGACACGGUUGGCAACGUUGUCAAUGGCGUUGGGUCGACCGUAGAUGGUCUCACUGGCCUUAAACGUGACGGUCUCGGUGGUGGCGUUACUUCCACUGCUACUGGCAUUGUUGAUGGCACUGUUAACACUGCUGGAAAUGUUGUAAAUGGUGUUGGUAACACUGUUGAUAACCUCACCGGCCUAUAA